CUAUAGAGCUCCCCCUACUGCUUCGGAAUAGAUAUUUGACAACCCUGUCGUAAAAACUCUUUGUCGACUCUCCCCCCUCCCAUCUUCUCCCUCAUGUGCAUUUGUUUUCAAAGAUGCCGGCGAACGCACGGAUCCAUGUCCACUGAGCUAGCCGGAUCCUGGAUGGGGGUGUGUAUGUGUGCAGUGCCGUAAAGCAAUUCAUUACAUCGCGAGACCUGGGGUGCUUCUCAAUAUCCCUCCUCACCUCCAUCCUCCAUCCUAUGACCCGGAAACUGAUCGAGCUCAGCCAUCUUGAAGGACAUCUCAAUUCUAUAAUUGCAGUGAGGAGCUUUGAGCGAGGAUGCACAGGUGUAUCCUAUGCGGAAGUGUUUUAUCGACUAAACAUCCUUCCCUCGCAUCCAACAGGGGGCGGAGCUCAGACGUGAGGAAAGGAAACGAGGAUGCACAAAUAAGCACCCCUGAUAACAGGCUGUUUUUACCACUCACAGGCGUUAAUGACUCGGAAGCUGUUCAGGCUGCACGUAGGCACUGUACUAAUCAAAGAUGGACCCAUUGCCGUACCCUGCAUUUUACAUGUUGUUUACCACCAGAUGUUGCCGCAGGUGUCCAGGUGUAAAUGAAGCGAUAGAUAUCAGGAGUUGUGGAGAUGUAGACUGAGAACUAUAAGCCAAGACUUGGAUCAAGAUGCCAAGACCACGAGAUCAAGACAACAACUCUGAGAUGAGAGAGAGAGAGCUUUGUAAACAUCUGGAGCUAUGGCACCUGCUGUUGGAGGUCCUGUGGGCUACACCCCUCCUGAGGGGGGCUGGGGUUGGGCCGUGGUGGUUGGUGCCUUUGUUUCUAUUGGUUUCUCCUACGCCUUCCCAAAGUCCAUCACUGUGUUCUUCAAGGAAAUUGAAGUGAUCUUUGAUGCCAAUAGCAGUCAAGUGUCCUGGAUCUCUUCCAUUAUGCUUGCUGUCAUGUAUGGAGGAGGUCCUGUCAGCAGUAUCCUGGUCAACAAGUAUGGAAGUCGGCCCGUUAUGAUUUUAGGAGGCUGUCUCUCAGGAGCAGGGCUCGUCGCUGCCUCUUUCUGCAAUACUCUUGAGGGCUUGUACUUCUGUGUCGGUGUUUUAGGAGGUUUGGGACUGGCAUUCAAUCUCAACCCAGCUCUCACAAUGAUCGGAAAAUAUUUCUACAAAAGACGCCCGAUAGCUAAUGGUAUCGCUAUGGCUGGUAGCCCAGUCUUCUUGUCUACUCUGGCUCCUUUAAACACUUGGUUCUUUGAAUAUUUCGGUUGGAGAGGGAGCUUCUUGAUUCUGGGUGGACUUCUGCUCAAUUGUUGUGUAGCUGGAUCACUGAUGAGGCCAAUUGGGCCGAAACCCCAACCUGCUGUUAAAGCUGCUAACAGUAACAACAGAGCUAGAGAGCAAAAGACCAUGAUGGAGAUCAUCAAUGGCUUUAUCGAUCUGACACUCUUCAAGCAUCGUGGCUUCUUGCUUUACCUAUUGGGUAAUGUGGUCAUGUUCUUCGGGCUCUUCACUCCUCUUGUGUACCUCAGUAAUUACGCCAAGAGUAAAGAAAUUCCCAAGGAGAAAGCAGCUUUUCUGCUCUCUGUCCUGGCCUUUGUAGAUAUGGUUGCACGGCCUUCAAUGGGAAUAAUCGCCAACACGAAAUGGGUGAGACCAAGAGUGCAGUACUUCUUCGCCGCAGCUAUUUUCCUUAAUGGUGUGUGCCACCUGCUUGCCCCUCUGUCCACAGACUACUUAGGGUUUGUGAUUUACGCUAUCUUCUUUGGGUUUGCCUAUGGCUGGCUGAGCUCAGUGCUGUUUGAGACUCUCAUGGAUCUCGUAGGGGCUCAACGUUUCUCCAGCGCUGUAGGACUGGUGACGAUUGUGGAAUGUGGGCCAGUGUUACUGGGGCCUCCUUUACUAGGGAAGUUCAAAGACAUCUACCAUGACUACAAGUAUACUUACAUGGCCUGUGGAUUUCUCCUGCUGGUUGGCAGUUUGUUUCUGUUCAUCGGAAUGGGCAUCAACUACAGGCUGCUGCAUAGAGAGGCAAAAGAGGAAUCCAAAAGAGCCAAUCUGCAGGAGGAACCUGGCAAAGUUGAAGAUGCACUGAAAGCACCCAAUAACAAUACUGUAGAGGAUGGUGUGUGACACUGCUGAUUGGUGUGAUUCUGGGUGAUGCUUUCAUUUAUACCUUUAUACACUCUCCACAUUAAAGAUUUACAGUGUAGUUACAGACAUCCAUAUUUGGCCUAUUCAGGUUACUGAGACAGUGAUGCAAACAUUUCAGUGCCUCGCAUAGUGCACACUGCACAGUAAUGCAAAUCAUAUUUUUACAUUUAUUUUUACAAUUUAACUUUAGUUUAAAAUCGUUUGCUUAACAUUUUACAGUAGGACAAUAAUUUUGGCACAUCUAUUUUGGGGUGUUUUAUGUACGCAGUGAGUGAAAGACUAAAUCAGUGAUGAAUAAAAGGAAUUAAUUUAACAAAUGUUGCCUUAACAAAAAAGUCACUGGAGUAAUAAAAAAGCAGUAGAUAUACAAAUAGUGUUUGUUGUUAAGUAUAUGCGCAAAUGAAACAUAGCUUGGUAAAUAUUUUCAGUUUAUGCACUUUGUCGGUAUCCAUCAUAGAGGUAUCCAUGCACACAAUGACUGUUAUUUUGUGUAUUCUUAUGUGUAUGUGCAUAGCCUAGCAAUGUAGUGAUGAAAGAUUGUUAACUUGUUUAAAACUAUUUAAGUCCAACCACUAUUUGUGUAGGCCAUAGCCUGAAAGGUAUAAUUGUUCUUGAAAUGUAAAACAAUUUACUAUCAGAAACAAUGUA